AUGGCGCGUAACUCUGAAAAAGCGCACUCGAUGCUGUUCCGCUUCCGCGCGGCCCAAGCUGCCGAAGCAGGAAUAAUCGACAUUUCGCGAACGCGGCGCCCAAAGCUCAUCACAUCCGUGACCUCGAUCCCCGUGUGCGAGAAAUGGCGCGGGCAGGUGCUCAAAGAGAUCAGCCGCAAGGUGACGAAGAUCCAAGACGAAGCGCUCUCCGACUACCAGAUCCGCGACCUCAACGACGAAAUCAACAAGGCGAUGCGCGAGAAGCACAUGUGGGAGUCGCAAAUCCGGAAUCUGGGCGGGCCCAACUACAUGCGCGGCGGGCGCGUGCUGGACGAGGACGGGCGCGAGGUUCCCGGUGGCGGGAAGGGGUAUCGGUACUUUGGGCGCGCGAAGGAGCUCCCCGGCGUCAAGGAGCUGUUUGAGCGGCAAGCCCGCCCCGAAGACGACGACGGCGCGCGGCAGGGUGGCGAGAAGCGCAGCGAGUUGCGGCAGCGCGUCGAUGCCGGGUACUACGGGUACAAUCUCGACGAAGAGGACGGCACACUGCUGAAGUACGAGGAGGCAAAGGAGAAGGAAGCGUGGGAUCAGUUUAUGGCGCUUGGUGAUCACCUCGACGAGAAGCCGGGGAAGCCGCAGCGCGAGUGGAUCGAGUUACCCGGCGACGCGGGCGACGGCGUGCGCUGGCGCGUCCCCUCGCUCGACGAAGUCGACCGCGAGCUCGUCGAGCGGAGACGGAGGAAGCUGCUCGAGAAACUGGGCUAG